CCCCCCCCCCCCCACCUUUGCUUUCCUCCAUCCAGCCAAACUAGUUUGAGUCAGCCACACCCCCUUCCAAGCUCCCGGGGCCUUUCAGGUGGUGGCUGGCCACCCAACCCCACCCCUGGGCUUGGUUUGGAGACCUGAGUCAGCUCCAUCUCCACCCAAGCCAAAUCAAACCUGAGGCAGGAGCCGAAACUCACAGUCCCUCAAGGCCUAUAGACAGGUGAUGGAGGACGAGGAGAAGGCAGUGGACACCUUGGUGAGCAACAUGGAAGCUGCUCAUUCUCCAUCCCCCAUCCGAUGCUGCUGGCUCCGCCUCCGAUACUUGGCAGCUACUAGCAUUAUCUGUGGCUGCUCUUGCCUGGGAGUCGUGGCCCUUGUGUUUGCCAUCAAGGCGGAAGAGCGGCAUAAGGCAGGCCGGUUCGAGGAGGCAGUGCACUGGGGGGCCCGGGCCCGGAGCUUCAUCCUGGCCAGCUUUGCCGUCUGGCUUGCGGUCCUCAUUCUGGGCCCCCUGCUUCUGUGGCUGCUCUCCUACGCCAUCGCCCAGGCUGAGUGACCCUGGGUGGCCUCUGCUGAGAGUCAGCGAGACCUCCUGGAUCCUGCAGUGCAGCAUUGCUUCGGCCUAAGGCUGGCAAUGGUCCUUCCUGGCUGGAAGGAUGGUGCCUCUCUCAAAGGGCUUUGGAAGAGCUCUUCUAGACCUUUCCAAAAGAAGGCAGCAGCUGAGACUGUUGAGGGGAGGCCAGCCUGCUCUGUUCUUUCAGUGCCCACCAUCCCCUAUUUCCCUCAGCCUACAUCAUCUUAGGGGCCUUGACCCAGAGGUGGGGUUGAAGACCAGGCCUGAUUUUAUUAGAAUUUGUUUUAUAAUAAAAAUCUUUUUUAGUGGUGAAA